UACUCACUUCUUCGACAACUUUUCUCCCUCUGUUACGUCCGCCAUACUGCUGAUGAACCAGUCGUGAAAGAGGGUCGGCCGCUCGCACUGCGCUGGUCAGACUGCGUGUGCGAACGCGAGCCGCGAGCUGCACGUGAAACGUCCGAUUCCGAGGUUUCCUCGAUUGAGAUUAAGAUAAGGCAGUUGAUCUGGAUUACAGCAGAAUUUUCUCACUGUCUGUUCCUCCGAGCCGAGCUAUUUGUGCUUCAUCUCCUCAUUGAGUGCACUUGAAAUAUUAAAUUCCUCCAAGCCCCGAUCCGAGAUUUAAAUCGCAAGAUGCCGGACGACGCAUACAACAAGAUCACGCAUUGCUUAUUCGAUAUGGACGGUUUGUUGCUCGAUACAGAAUAUUUGUACACCAAGGCCUUCAAUCGUAUCACCAAUCGUUAUGGCAAAGAAUUCACGUGGGAGCAUAAAGCGCACGUGAUGGGUUUCAAGAUCAAGAAGGUCGCCUGCUACAUAGUUGAAGAGUUAGAGUUACCAUUAACAGUCGAGGAGUUCAGACAAGAAAUUGCCGAGAUCUGCCGGGAGUUAUUUCCACAGACUAAUCCUAUGCCAGGCGCUGUACGGCUCUUGAAGCAUUUAAAGGAAAAUAACAUUCCAAUCGCGUUAGCCACGAGCUCCGAUCGAGAGAAUUACGAAGUGAAAAUCAGUCGUUGGCAUGAUCUCUUUGACCUCUUCGAUCACAUAGUGCUCGGCGGCUCGGAUCCCGAGGUUGUAAGUGGAAAGCCGGCACCCGAUAUAUUUCUCACGGCUGCCAAGCGUUUUCGUGACAAUCCGGAUCCUUCGAAGUGCCUGGUCUUCGAGGAUUCGCCGAACGGAGUUGAAGCGGCAGUGAACGCCGGAAUGCAGGUCGUUAUGGUACCGGAUCCAAACCUUUCUAAACAUUAUACGAGCAAGGCGACUUUGGUCCUGAAUAGUCUCGAAGACUUUCAACCAGAAAAAUUCGGGCUACCACCAUAUGUGACGUAGUACAUUUCCCUUUCCUGAUUUGUCAUGCAUGUAUGCGUGCGUAUGUGUGAGAUGUGGAUUCGUGCAGAUAGGAUAUAUAUACAGUUCACGUAUUAUCUCGAAUAAAGAUAAUUUAAUGAGAAGUUUUCGCGAGUGCAGUCUUUUCGAUUUAUAUCUUAUUGUUUGGUCGAUGUGUUUUUUUUUUCUUUUUAAAUCUCCUUAUCCGUGUCAUCAGACAGAUCACCUAAUUCAUCGAAAUCCUCUCGCGAUCCGGCACUGCCGAACAUCGCUACAUUGGAACUACCGCUAAAUAUGCCUGUGAUAUUUACGCACGAGAACUUGUUGCGCUUCAAUUGUCUGUCGAUCGCUUCUCUCAGCGUAUUAUACGCGGCGAUCAUAUCUCGCGAACACUGGGACAAUAAAUCUGAAAGCAGAUUGAGA